CUGAAGGAACCUGAAGGUUACUUUAGUUUCGUGAGUGCAAUUUGAAUUUUACGGAGUGUGUCUAAGCAGAGUUAUACAGUUUAUUGUGUAUUUGAAUUUCACAAUGUUUGAAGCACGUCUGAUCCAAAGUUCAAUUCUCAAGAAGGUUUUAGAUGCUAUAAAAGAUCUGCUCAGCGAAGCGACUUUCGACUGCUCCGAUACAGGUAUUCAGUUGCAAGCCAUGGACAAUUCUCACGUAAGUCUUGUGUCAAUGAAUCUAAGAAGCGACGGUUUUGACAAGUACAGGUGUGACCGCAAUAUUUGUAUGGGGAUGAACCUCGCCAGCUUAUCAAAAAUUUUGAAGUGUGCCGGGAAUGACGAUAUUCUAACCAUGAAAGCGCACGACAAUGCAGACACUGUAAUUUUUGUAUUUGAAACCCCUAACCAAGAGAAAGUGUCGGAUUAUGAAAUGAAGCUGAUGAAUUUGGAUCAGGAGCAUUUGGGUAUCCCGGACACAGAUUAUUCAUGCACGAUCAAAAUGCCUUCCGGCGAAUUUGCCCGCAUUGUUAGGGAUGUGAGUCAAUUUGGAGAGACAAUGGUCAUCGCAUGCACGAAAGAUGGCGUGAAAUUUUCUACAUCCGGAGACAUUGGUUCCGCGAACGUGAAACUUGCCCAAAAUGCACAAGUGGACAAAGAAGAGGAAGCUGUCACCAUCGACAUGCAAGAACCAGUAACGCAGUCCUUUGCUUGCCGAUACCUGAACUCUUUCUGCAAGGCCACCCCUCUGUCUCCCCAGGUAUCUCUUUCAAUGUCUCAAGAUGUUCCACUGGUUGUGGAAUACAAGAUUGGUGACAUUGGCUACAUCAGGUACUACCUUGCCCCCAAGAUUGACGACGAUGAAAACUAGUGUGUUUGUUUUGCUGUUUGCAGAUAAUUAUUUCUCUUCCAUUUUGAAAUAUUUAACUUUAUUCAACACCAAAUGUUUAAAUUUGUUGUGGAAGCCA